AUGCGUGCAUUAAUUGCUGUGUCUCUCCCCCUCUCCCUCUCUUUUCUCUUUCACAUUAGUUUGAAUUCCAUUACUUUUUCACUCUUCUCCUUCCCUUCCCAUAACGCUUCUUCUCGUCUCAUCCUUGUUCUUAGCUUUUCUUCUUCACUUUCGUCGUCAGUGGCUCCGGAAAUCACCGGUGAAAAGCGGAAGGCCGAUCGCAGCGGCUGGGUCCCGAGACCCCUUCCGCCUCCUCCUCCGCCCUCCCGCCUCUCGCCUCCGUUCUCCGCCCCCCGGCUUCCACCUCCCCCCUCCCGCCUCCGCCUCGUCGCCUCAGCCUCGCGGCCUCCGCCCUCUCACCUUCCGCCUCCGUCCUCCCGCCUCCACCUCCCCCUCGCGGCUUCCGCCUCGUCGCCUCCCCCUUGCGGCCUCCGCCUCAACCUCGUGGCCUCCGCCCUCCCGCGCCUGUCCUCUCGCCUCCGCCUUCGCCAGCCUCGCGGCCUCCGCCUCCGCCCUCCCACCUUCCGCCUUCGUCCUCCUGCCUCCGCCUCCUUCUCCGCCCUCCCGCUCGUUGCCUCCCCCUCACGGCCUCCGCCUCGUCGCCUCAGCCUUGCGGCCUCCACCUCCGCCCCCGUCCUCCGCCUCCGCCUCAGCCUCGUGGCCUCCGCCGGAGAAAAGUCGCCUCCGCCCUCCCGCUUCCACCUCCGCAAUCAGUCAAAUUUUUUUUUUGUUGGUGUUAAGACAGAUAAUUGUCGGGGGUUUGUGCAAUGGGUUGAAGAUUAUAUUGAAGAAUGCAGGAUCUGUUCGCCUAAAAAUGUGGACGCAGUCAAUUCUGGAGAGGCAUCAAGCGAAAAUGAAGAAUUGGCAAUCAUAAAAGGAGAUUUGAAGUUAAUUAGAAGAAAAAUAGGCUUUAUUAUGUCAAUGAUAAUAUUAUAUGGAGUCAUCGUAAUUAUAGGAGUUAAUCUUGAUGGUUAUGUAGAACUUCCUUUACUUUACUAUGAUCAGUUUAACAAAAGUUAA